AUGAAGGCACUAAGCAAGAUAGGGAGUGCAUUGGGAAAUCCAGUGUAUGCUGAUGAUUGUACAACUGGUACAGUUAGAAUUUCUUAUGCGAGAAUGUUAAUUGAGAUGGACAUCACCAAGCCCCUUCCUAGAAGAGUGAAAAUACAGGACCCAAUGGAAUACAACAACCAUAAAAGCAGGCAUAUAGGAGGGAGAGAAAACAAAGGCAAACAGGUCUGGCAGAGGACUGUGAAAGAUGGACCUAAAGACAAUAAUCAGGAGAAGGAGCAAACAAAGAGGAUGGAAAUAAUAAAACCACCAGAGAAUAGACCAGUGCAGGUUAGUGCAGAUGCAAAACAACCUGAAGAAGAAGGAUGGACAACAGUUAGUGGGAAAUCAGCAGCAAGAAUGGCUAAAGCAAAGCAAGCUGAAGAACAGACGCUAGCUGGCAAUAAUGGUUUUCAAUCCUUAGGGAGUGAAAAAGCAACAAAUGAACCAGGAACAAGCAGUAUGCAGCUGAGGAGCUAUGGGGCACAGGAGAUGUAUCAGGAUACCCAAUUCAUACCAUGGAUAUCCAAUUUCAGCAACAGCAAUAAGAGCAGAAUAUGGGUACUAUGGGAUCCAAGAAUAUUUGAGUUUGAAUCAAUUGACAUAGAUGACCAAAUCAUACAUGGACAGGUCAGAACACACUCAAGACUACUAGCAUUUGGGUUUACAGCAAUAUAUGGUUUGCAUACUAUAAAAGAUAGGUUGAGUAUGUGGCAGAAGUUGAAGCAGAUAAAUAGCUUGCAGCAAGGACCAUGGCUAGCAAUGGGAGAUUUUAAUGCAGUAUUAAAUAGUCAGGAUAGGCAGCAUGGUACUAUAAUACAAGAUAUGGAAAGAAAGGAUUUUAGGGAGUUCAUGAGUGACACAGGAAUGAAUGAAUUACCUACUAUGGGAAGGGACUACACAUAG